UUGUGCAGCUCUUUCUGUGCUCCAGGAAACUGUUCUUACAGGAAUAUGAGUCCGUAAGAAGAGACUAGAGAGAAAAGUUCUCAGGAUACGCUCCAGUUUGUGUCGUCGUUGAAAAGUCUUCAAAAACAGCAGCUGUUUGUCCCUGUGCUAAACUGCGUUAACAAGAGAUGCUGUUGACUCUAUCACCGUGUAACCACAUGCCUUCCUAUCCACCAAACGUUCAAAUAUGAUUCCUGCCUGAAAGGACAUGAUGGACAAUGGCAAACAGAGCCGGGUGUGUCGGCCUCAGCGGAUAAGUGAAUCGUCCAAGGUGUUCCGAUGGGUGGACCAAGCUGCGGAGGUGUUGCAGGGCCUCAACGAGCAGCGGCAGCACAGCCAGUUCUGUGAUGUGGUGCUGGUGGCCAAUGAGCUGCGGGUCCCCGCUCACCGAGCCCUGCUGGCCAUCUCCAGCCCGUACUUCCACGCUAUGUUCACCUUGGGCAUGAGGGAGGAGCGCCAGCAGGAGGUGGAGCUGGUUGGGAUGUCCUACAUCGGUCUGAAGGCUGUGGUGGACUUCUUGUACAGUGGAGAGCUGCCAUUGGAUGGAGGAAACAUUGACUACGUGUUGGAAGCUGCCCACCUUCUGCAGGUGUGGCAAGUGGUGGAUUUCUGCUGCCAGUACCUGGAGCGGGAGGUGAGUGAGGACAACUACCUGUACCUGCAGGAACUGGCUCUGCUCUACAGCCUUGAGCGACUGGACGCCUUCAUCGACCACUUCAUCCUCACACGCUUCGCCGCACUCUCGUUCACCACAGAUUUUCUUCACAACAUUCCUUUACACAAACUCUCCUCCUACCUCUCUAGUGGCCAGGUUCAGCAUGAGAGCGAGCAGGCACUUUUCCAGGCCACCAUGCAGUGGCUCAGCCAGACGCCCGAGCGGACGGCCCACGCCAGACAGCUCCUCUCGCACAUUCGCUUCCCUCUGAUGCCGCCGGUGGACCUAGUGGGCCAGGCGCUUCCUGCGGUGCGGGCCCUGCUGCCGGAGGAGGCCGGCUGUGAGGCCCUGGUGGAGGAAGCUCUUGAGUACCACACCAGUGCCAGCGCGCAGCCGCUCCUGCAGACAGGACGCACCAUGCUGAGGGGAGGAGUAGAGCAGCUGCUGCUGAUUGGAGGAGAGGUAUCGGAAUUUGGAGAGGAGCUGAGCGCCAAUGUUUGUCGGCUGGACGGAGAAACAGGAAGCUGGGAGGUGGAGACGGAGCUGCCGGCCCAGCGGAGCCACCACUGCCUGGCAGUACUGGGGGGCUUUAUCUUCGCUGCGGGCGGCAGCUCGUCCAGGGACAACGGCGGAGACGCUGCCUGUAACCUGCUGUACAGAUACGACCCCCGCCACAACCAGUGGACCAGGGGUGCUCCAAUGAACCAGCGGCGAGUGGAUUUUUACCUGGGGGCAGUGGGAGAGUGUCUGAUCGCCGUGGGUGGGAGGAACGACACUGGAGCUUUGUCCUCUGUGGAGGUUUAUUGCCCCGCUGAGGACUGCUGGUCCUACGUGGCAGGACUUCCCAGGUUUACUUACGGCCAUGCGGGGACGGUCCACCAUGGUGAGGUCUACAUCUCAGGUGGCCAUGACUACCAGAUCGGCCCAUACCGCCGAGAUGUUCUCAGUUAUGAUCCAUUACGGGACGGUGAUGUAUGGGUGGAGCGCCAGGCCAUGUCUCUGGCCCGAGGCUGGCACUGCAUGGCCUCCCUCAACCACCUCAUCUACGCCAUCGGGGGCAGCGACGACCACGAGGACACCACCGAGCGCUUCGACAUCCUGCAGGUCGAGUCCUACGAACCACACAGCAGCCAGUGGACCCGGGUGGCGGCGCUGCUGCUGCCCAACAGCGAGGCGGGGCUUGCGGUCUGGGCAGGGAAGAUCUACGUGCUCGGGGGCUACAGCUGGGAGAACAUGGCCUUCUCCAGAGCCACGCAGGUGUAUGACCCCAACAAAGGUUCUUGGUCCAGAGGGCCUGACUUGCCAAAACGUAUCGCAGGGGCCUCAGCAUGCGUGUGCACUGUAAAGCCCUCAGCGUCAUCACCCUCUCCAGAGAAGAAGAAGGUGGGACAAAGAAAGAAAGGAAGAUCACACCCCAUGUAACAACAGUCAUGAAGGAGCGUCCCUCUGUCCUGAGCGACUGAACUACAGCCUCAGACUCUUCUAACAAGAGAUAAACAUUUUGUUACGUCCCCCACACAAGUGUCAGAGUCAUUUUCCUGCAGCUUCACAAUAAUAGAGAGGAAGAGCAAUAAUGCUAACCACUGGAUUAAAAAUGAAAGUUCCUUUGGUAAAUACCUGAUAAAUGUGUGUUAACAAAUACUACAUCACAUGUUGGACAGUGUGUGUCAUUUCUGUGUCUGUGGGAGACAUAACAGUAUUCAGGCACCUGUCUGUCUAUUUAAAGUCAGGAGCUUGUAGAAACUCAAGAGACUGGUUGGUGGGUUAAUAUUAAGUGUAAACC